AAUUACAGCCAAAACCACCCUUUCGUUUUCUUCUCCUUCUUCUUUCCCUUUUCCCCUCCAUCUCCUCUGCAACUAGAGAGAGAAAACCUCCCCAAAAUUAAAAUUUAGAGAGAGAAAAUCAACCCACACCUUCAUUAAUCUAAUGUUUUCUUAACUAUCCACUUUUUUAAUUUUUCAAUUAAUAAACACCCUAAUCGAACCCCACCCCCAAAAGUGGUAUUUUCAAUUUAAAUUCAAAUUCAACUAUUAUUUAAUAUUUUUUUUUUGUUUUGUUUUUGGAAAAAAAAUACAACAUUGCUAAAGCCAUAAGCACCUUCAAACUUCAGCAAUUUGCAUAAAAAUUUAUACCCUUUCCCCUUUUUCUCUCAGGGAAACCUAAAGUUUGCAAUUUAAUUUUGGGGUUUUCAUUGAAACUUUUCGAAACGGGGAAACGUGAGAAAGAUCGAUGGAACCGGCGGUGUUGGACGACAUAAUAAACAGGCUAUUGGACUUUCGAAACGCCAGGCCUGGUGCUGCAAGACAGGUUCAGCUUUCUGAGUCUGAGAUCCGCCAACUUUGCACGGCUGCCAAAGAUAUCUUCUUGCAACAACCUAAUCUUUUGGAGCUUGAAGCCCCCAUCAAGAUCUGCGGUGAUAUCCAUGGGCAAUAUGGUGACCUCUUGAGACUUUUUGAAUACGGGGGUUUUCCUCCUGAAGCUAACUACUUAUUUCUAGGGGACUAUGUUGACCGGGGCAAGCAGAGUUUAGAAACAAUUUGCCUUAUGCUUUCUUACAAAAUUAAAUAUCCAGAAAAUUUCUUCCUUUUACGAGGGAACCAUGAAUGUGCUUCCAUUAACAGGAUUUAUGGAUUUUAUGACGAAUGUAAACGCCGGUUUAAUGUGAGACUUUGGAAGACAUUUACUGAUUGUUUUAAUUGUCUACCUGUGGCUGCUGUUAUAGAUGACAAAAUAUUGUGCAUGCACGGUGGUCUCUCUCCUGAUUUGACUAACGUGGAUCAAAUAAAAAGUUUAUCUCGGCCAACUGAUGUACCAGAAUCAGGUUUAUUAUGUGAUUUAUUGUGGUCAGACCCUUCUAGAGAGGUUAAAGGUUGGGGUAUGAAUGAUCGGGGAGUCUCUUACACCUUCGGUGCUGAUAAAGUGGCCGAAUUCUUAAUGAAGAAUGACAUGGACCUAAUUUGCCGUGCACAUCAGGUUGUUGAGGAUGGAUAUGAAUUUUUUGCUGAUAGACAACUUGUUACUAUAUUCUCUGCUCCCAAUUACUGCGGUGAAUUUGAUAAUGCUGGUGCAAUGAUGAGUGUUGAUGAGAGUUUGAUGUGUUCGUUUCAAAUCUUGAAGCCGUCUGAGAGAAGAAGAUUUCUUUGAUCAAAGUUUUGAUGAUGUAGUCGUCAUUCUUUGUUCAGAUACCUCAUAUUUCUUGCUGUUAUUAUUAUUAUUAUUUCGGGAGAUUAAAUGAGUUUAGGCCACACAGUUGCUUUCUUCAAGGCUGAGAGAGCUGGGGUGUCAUCCUGCAUAAUCUUUGAAGACAAGAAAUUUGAAUGUAGUUGGAAAGUAAUGUGAUUGAACAUGGAGUUUGGAGGCAAUGGACAGAUUUGUGGGCAAUCAGAAUUGUCCCUAAUUAUGUUAUUUUUUUCCCUUAAAUUUUUGUAUUUUUACUUUAAAACUUUUUUGGGUAAACGAAAUUCUCAUUGGAUAGCAUGGUGCUGGUGUAUAUACAAUUGGUCUUUUAAUUGACCAUUCACUCUGUGCAUUGUUGACACCAAUCACAAUCUAUGUUUGUACCA